GUCUUCGGGACAUUCAUCGAUAAAGUAUCAGACAAGAAUAUGUCUCAAAGAGGAUUCAAAAGAGUGAGCUUUAGUCCGGAAUCAGAAGAAGCAAACGACGAACCAAUCUUUCUAACACACACCGGUCUCAGCUCAUCACGGCAUGGUCGUCGGAGGGUCGUCGUCGGAAUUCUCAGUUUUGGCGUCAGUAGCUCGCCGGCAGCAAGGAGAUUACUCCGGCGUAUAGGAGCAGGAGUCGGUAAAACGUUUCGUUUUGUAUCUUUCGGCAAGAAGAGUAAUAACACGAAAACGACACCGUCGUCUUCGUCUUUUUCUUGCUCUUCCUCAUCUUACUCUUCGUCGUCUGUAUAUCUGGCCAAGUCAAAGUCUCUAAACGAAUCGGAGUCUCACCGUGCAGAAGCUAUUGAGGACUGCAUCGAGUUCUUAAACUCUUGUUCGUCUAUGUCGAGAUCAAACUCGAUCUCCACGUGGUCUUGCUAAACUACGGGUUUGACCGAUUCAGGUUCGGGUUCAAUCGACAAAGCUUCAAAAAUUAUUAUUAUUAUUCUUUUGUAAUGUAAAAGAUUUGAAAUUUUAGGGUUGCGUGUAGAUGAUAAGUUGCUUCAGUUAGCUAGUGACUACUUAAAAGGUUAUAAUU